AUGGGUCAGAAGAAGAAAUCCCCCGCGCCUCGCUCCAAACAAUCGCCUCCUUCUGCGGCGGCGCCGGCAGAGGUUGAGCCGUCGUCUGAGAUUUCUUCCUAUAGCUUCCAUGAGGGCGGAGUUUCUGGAGCGGCCGCUUAUGCGGAGCCGCUCGAUUUGGCCGUGGUCAAGCUCGAGUGCGAGAAGGCGCUUAUGUCGUUCCAGCGGGGGAGCUACAAAAAGGCGAUUCGGCUCAUGAAGGAAUCGUGCUCUCGCCAUCCACACUCUGCCCUAAUCUACCGUGUUCAGGGAACUCUGUGUGUCAAGGUUGCUUCCGUCUUCGACGAUCUGCCCACGAAACAGAGGUACCUUCGUAAUGCUGUUGAAUCCGCUAGAAAAGCUGUGGAGCUCUCUCCCAACUCUAUCGAGUUUGGGCAUUUUUACGCGAACCUGCUUUACGAGGCUGCCAACGACGGGAGGGACUCGGUGGAGUUUGACGAGGUUUUGCAAGAGUGCCAGCGAGCUCUCACGAUUGAAAACCCCAUUGAUCCUGCUAAAGAGAGUCUUCAGGAUGAGAACCAGCAGAAGAUAUUGACGCCUGAUGCUCGUAUUGUCCAUGUGCAGGAGGAGCUCAAGUCACUGGUACAGAAAUCUAACCUUGCUUCAUUGACCACUUGGAUGAAAAACCUGGGAACUGGUGAAGAGAAGUUUCGGCUGAUCCCCAUUAGGAGGAUGGCUGAGGAUCCCAUUGAGAGUAACUUGAUCCAGGCGAGGAGACCGAAUGAGAUUAAGAAAGCUACCAAGACUCUUGAAGAGAGGAGGAAGGAGAUUGAAGUGAGGGUAGCUGCGGCUAGGUUGUUGCAGCAAAAGACAGAAUCUUCUCCGGCUGAGAAUGUUGGAGCUGUUAAUAACAAGGAGUCAGAUACAACAUUAGGCGCGGGUCAGAGAAGCGGGGAGAGAAGAAAGCAUGGAAAUGCAAGGAAAGUCGGCUCCACCACUGAGAGAAGGGAUCGAGUUAGGUCAUACUGGGAUUCAAUGAGCAAAGAAAUGAGGAAAGAGUUGCUUAGUGUUAAGGUUAGUGAUCUUAAGAGUCACUUUGAUGCAUCAAAGGAUGGACAGGCGAAUGAGAUAAUAAGCGAAGCACUGUCCUUUUGUGAGGCCAAUAAGACUUGGAGGUUCUGGGUUUGUUGCCGGUGCAGUGAAAAGUUCUUGGAUUCGGAGUCUCAUAUGCAGCAUAUUGUUCAGGAGCACAUGGGUAACGUUUUACCUAAGAUGCAAAUGGUUUUGCCUCAAAGUCUCAACAAUGAGAGCAUUGAGAUGCUUCUCAGUUCCCCAUGGAAACCAUUAGAUCUCUCUGCUGCGGUGAAAUUGCUUCGCAGUCAGCAGAAAAUCCAAAACACCGAGUAUAGUGAGUUUCACUGUGAAGAUAAUAUGGAAGAUGGUGACGACUGCUUCAAGGAUGCAUGUGAGGAUACUUCACCAGAGAAAGAAAACAUUGGAGAUGCUUGCAAUGAGUGUGAUGAGCAUGAGUCUGAAGAGGGUAAGCUGUCGAUUCCAUUUCAUCUUCCUGAUGAAUGGCCGAUAUCUGAUGAUCCUGAACGUACAAAGCUCCUUGAGAAAAUCCGUUCAGCCUUUGAGCUACUUAUCAGGCACAAAUAUUUAGCUGCCAGUCAUCAUGAUAAGGUGAUACAAUUUACUCUGGAUGAACUCCGCAAUCUAGCCUCGGUUUGGCAGUUCUUAAAUUGUGGUUUGGGUCAGUCGCCCAUAUGCAUUUGCUUUUUGGGAGCCACCCAGCUUAUGAAAAUUCUCAAAUUCCUUCAAGAUUUAUCACAGGCCUGUGGAUUGAAUCGAUAUUCUGAACAAAAUAACCACAACGAUGAAGUUAAUUCUGGUGACCUGGGUCUUGAAGUUACGGAGGAGAUUCUUCUUGACGGUGAAGAUUUAUGUCUUCUUCUAGCUGAAAAAUUGCUUGGCACGGAGUGCAUCCAAGAGAAGUAUAUGGGAUCAGCAUUGAAUAAUGGAGCUAUAGCAAGUUCUGGAGAUAUUGCUAAUGGCAAUAAUGUGUCUUCUGGUGGGGAUGAAUUUCUUUCAUGGAUCUUCAAAGGACCCUCUAGCGGGGAACAAAUUGUGUCAUGGAUGCGCACAGUGGAAGAGAAAACAAAUCAAGGACUGGAGAUCAUGCAGAUUCUUGAGAAGGAGUUCUGUCACUUGCAGAACCUUUGCGAGAGAAAAUGCGAGCACUUAAGCUACGAGGGAGCACUGCAGACUGUUGAGGACCUUUGUCUUGACGAAGGCCGAAAGAGGGAGACUUCAGCAGAGUUUACCCAUGAAAGCUAUGAAUCUGUGCUAAGAAAACGAAGAGAAGAGCUAAAUGAGAGUGACCAUGAGUUGGUGUUUAUCAGUAGCAGAUUUGAGUUAGAGGCUAUAACAAAUGUUUUGAAAGAUGCAGAAUCUCUUAACCACAAUCAAUUUGGAUAUGAAGAUCCAUAUCCCGGCACGAGUUCUCAGCUGCGUGAUCUGGAAUCAGGGGAAGCCGAUGAAUGGGGGAUGAGGGAUUCCUUUAAUGAGGCUGAUAGUUUCAUUGAGAUUGCUAUCCAGAAACAAAAAGAGCAGUUGUCUGCAGAGCUUAGCAGAAUCGAUGCACGUAUGAUGCGCAAUGUUACUGGGAUGCAGCAAUUAGAGAUAAAGCUUGGACCUGUUUCCACCAAUGAUUAUCAGUUAGUAUUGUUACCGUUGGUGAAGUCCUACAUGCGGGCACAUUUAGAGGCUUUGGCAGAGAAAGAUGCAACUGAGAAGUCUGAUGCUGCCAGAGAAGCAUUACUUGUUGAGCUUGCCCUUGAUUCUAAGAAGGAAGCUCGAGGAAGAAACGAUAAUUCAAAACACAUGAAGGAAAAGUCCAAGGAUAAGAAAAAGAUUAAAGACACCAAGAAACUGAAGGAUUCAAAGGCUUCUAUUGGAAAUGACCAUCGCUUCAAUGUUGAUUCGACUGAACGCAGUCUCCGUCCGGUUUCAUCUUUUGGUGAUCAUUCAGAGGCUGACGUUGUUCCUGAAGCUAUUGAAGCCUUAAAAGAACAGGAAGAGGAGUAUAGACGCCGAAUAGAGUUAGAGGAAGAGGAGAUAAAGCUUGAAAAAACUCUAGAGUAUCAAAGAAGAAUUGAGAAUGAAGCUAAGGAGAAGCACAUUGCAGAACAACAAAAGAAAUUCAGCUCUUCAGUUCCAAUGAAUAAUGCAGAGGCAGUUUAUGAUGUUUCCAGAGAUAAUGUCGUUGAUGAUUUAGAUUUACAAGAACAAGAAAAAUCCGCGAGUCAGGAGGACUGGAUUCAGCGGAAUAGACUACCUGAUAACUUGGAAGGAACCAAAGUGAACACAAAUGGUUGUUUGCCGUCAUCAAAUCAUGGUGCGAUAACUGAUACUGCAAAGGUGCAGCAUGUUAAGUCCCCAAAAGUGCCUAACGGCAUAGCUACCCAAGCUAGCAUUUUCCAAUCUGAUCAGCGCACCGGGAGGAAGAGUAGACGCCAAAAAGCUUCUAACAAGUCAAUCGACGGAACAUAUCAGGUCGCACCUUCUGAGAGCGAGAAUAGUGAAUCUCAGAGGUCAGGCACCGAUGGUGAGAGACAGUCUGAAUUUCUUCUUACCAAUGGUGAUGCGGGAACAAAGACAUUAAGACAAUUACAAGCUGAAGAGGAUGAAGAAGAAAGGUUUCAAGCUGACCUUAAAAAGGCAGUGCGUCAAAGCCUUGACGCGUACCAAGGAGGUAGAAAUACGAUGUCAGGUUUGAGGACAUCUUUGGAAGUAAACGGUGAUGGGGUUUUAUUUGAUGUCGCAAAGGAAUCUCAGAGCUUGACAGGUGUUGCCACAUUUGGUACAGGUCUUCAGAAUGAAGUUGGUGAAUACAAUUGCUUUUUGAAUGUCAUUAUACAGUCUUUAUGGAAUCUGGGGCUGUUUCGGGCUGAGUUCUUGCGGAGUUCAACACUAGAGCACCAUCAUGUGGGAGAUCCUUGUGUUGUCUGCUCAUUGUAUGAUAUUUUCACUGCUUUAAGCGCUGCUUCGAGUGAAACACAAAAAGAACCUGUUGCACCUUCAUCUCUCAGGAUUGCACUAAGUAACUUGUAUCCAGAUAGCAGUUUCUUCCAAGAGGCUCAGAUGAACGAUGCUUCAGAAGUAUUGGCUGUGAUUUUCGACUGCCUUCAUCACUCAUUUGCUCAAAGCUCAACCGUGUCUGACACAGACUCUUCUGAGAGCAACUGCACGGGUUCGUGGGACUGUGCCAACCGCACAUGUCUUGUCCAUUCUCUGUUUGGAAUGGAUAUUUUUGAGCAACUGAAUUGCUACAGCUGUGGACUAGAGUCUAGGCAUAUGAAGUACACUUCCUUCUUCCAUAACAUCAACGCUAGCGCCCUACGCAGCAUGAAGGCUGCAUUUGCUGAGAAUUCGUUUGACGAACUUCUAAACCUUGUCGAGAUGAACCACCAACUAGCAUGUGACCCCGAAGCUGGUGGGUGUGGGAAACAGAACCAUAUACACCAUUUUCUCACCAAUCCACCACAAGUUUUCACUACAGUUUUAGGGUGGCAAAACACGUGUGAGAGUGUAGAAGACAUAGCAGCCACUCUUGCAGCCUUGGAUACCGAGAUAGACAUCAGCAUCAUGUACCGCGGUCUGGAGCCUAAGAGCAUAUACAGCUUAGUUUCCGUGGUUUGUUACUAUGGACAGCACUAUCAUUGCUUCGCAUAUAGUCAUGAACACAGUCGUUGGAUCAUGUACGAUGACAAAACCGUCAAGGUGAUCGGUAGCUGGAGCGAUGUACUGUCUAUGUGCGAGAGAGGACACUUGCAACCACAGGUUCUUCUCUACGAGAAAAAACGUUAA